AUGAGCUCUCUCAAGCAGUUUAUUCGCAAUGUGCGAGCAUCCAAAACAAUUGCAGACGAGCGAGCGGUGGUAAAGAAAGAAAGCGCUGCGAUUCGAGCGAGUUUCCGGGAUGAGAGCGGGGAUUCGAAUGUUAGGAGAAACAAUGUUGCCAAACUUCUAUACCUCUUUACCCUCGGGGAGAGAACACAUUUUGGCCAGAUCGAAUGCCUCAAGUUACUCGCCUCUCCACGAUUCGCAGAUAAACGAUUGGGUUAUUUAGGAACGAUGUUGUUGUUGGACGAGAAUCAGGAGGUGUUGACGUUGGUCACCAACUCAUUGAAAAAUGAUUUGAACCACUCGAACCAAUAUAUUGUUGGGUUGGCCCUGUGUACGCUUGGAAAUAUUGCCUCGGUCGAGAUGUCAAGGGAUUUGUUCCCGGAAAUAGAAACACUAUUGUCAACGGCGAACCCAUAUAUCCGGCGGAAGGCAGCGCUCUGUGCUAUGCGAAUAUGUAGGAAGGUUCCGGAUUUACAAGAGCACUUUCUGGAAAAAGCCGCAACACUGUUAUCCGAUCGAAACCACGGAGUUCUACUCUGCGGUCUGACCCUUGUUGUAAAUCUGUGCGAAGCCGAUGAGCUAGAGGGCGGCGAAGAAGGAAUUGUCGAAAAGUUCCGCCCAUAUAGCGCUAGUCUUGUGCGGACAUUAAAAGCGUUGGCAAGCUCUGGGUACGCCCCAGAACACGACGUUACUGGGAUAACCGAUCCUUUCCUACAAUGCAAGAUUUUACAGUUAUUACGAGUCUUAGGUCGCGGCGACGCGCAGACGAGCGAGCUUAUCAAUGAUAUAUUGGCACAGGUGGCCACUAAUACCGAUUCUUCCAAAAACGUUGGCAACUCUAUUCUAUACGAAGCUGUACUUACCAUUCUCGACAUCGAAGCUGAUUCGGGGUUGCGAGUGCUCGGUGUUAACAUUCUGGGCAAAUUUCUGUCGAACAGAGACAACAACAUUCGAUAUGUGGCGUUAAAUACCCUUAUCAAAGUAGUGGCUAUUGAGCCAAAUGCAGUGCAGAGACAUCGAAACACAAUCUUGGAAUGCCUGCGAGAUCCAGAUAUCAGUAUCAGGAGACGUGCUCUGGAUCUGAGCUUCACCCUGAUUAAUGAAAGCAACGUCCGGCUGCUGAUUAGAGAACUUUUGGUCUUCUUGGAAGUGGCAGAUAAUGAAUUCAAACCAAUCAUGACUAGUCAAAUUGGUAUUGCUGCCGACAGGUUCUCACCAAGUAAGCGGUGGCAUAUCGAUACCAUGCUGAAAGUUUUGAUUCUUGCAGGCAACUAUGUCAAAGAGCAGAUUCUGUCCUCCUUCAUUCGACUCAUUGCCACAACGCCUGAACUGCAGACAUACGCUGUGCAGAUGCUAUACACCAAUCUGAAGAAAGACAUUACUCAGGAGAGUUUGACUCUUGCUGGCGCGUGGUGUAUUGGAGAAUACGGUGAUGCUCUGCUUCGUGGUGGUCAGUACGAAGAUGCAGAGCUAGUACAGGAGGUCAAAGAGAACGAAAUUAUCGAUCUCUUCUCUUCGAUUCUCAACAGUGCAUAUGCUACACAGAUUGCAACGGAAUACAUCAUAACCUCCUUGAUGAAGCUCUCAACUCGCUUUACCGAUCCUGCGCAAAUUGACCGCAUCCGUCGCAUCUUACAAGGAAACUCCGCAAGUCUUGAUAUUGAAGUGCAGCAGCGCGCGGUCGAGUACGGAAAUCUCUUUGCCCACGAUGCUAUAAGACGAGGAGUGUUGGAGAAGAUGCCGCCUCCACAAAUACAAGAAGAAUCGCGCGUAUUAGGCGAAGCUGCCAAGAAAUCGAACAAAGCAUCGAACAGAAAAUCAAAAAGCGUCAAGCCAGCUGAGGAAGAUCUUCUGUUUGAUCUGAUGGGCGAUGGAAAUCCCCCAACUUCAGACCUUGGUGGGGCAAAUGGGUCUUCAAACAAUGCAGAUCUUCUCGCCGAUAUUCUCGGGGGCACAACCUCCCCCUCGACAACGUCGGCACCCCCACAAAAAUCGAACAUGAACUCAAUUAUGGAUCUCUUUGACAAUUCUGGACCCUCACAACCGCAGACUGAAACACAAGCACCUUCGGUCGCCUCGAAUGAUUUAUUUUCUAGCAUGUCAUCACCUCCUCCUCCGGCAGCAACGCCUUCUAUUCCCAUACACCCUUGCUACAAUAAAAACGAUCUCAACAUUACCCUCCAGCUUCAAAGAAACGCUGAGGGUACUGUGCAAGUGAUGGCACGUUUCAAGAACGGUUCUGUGCACCAAACAUUAUCCGCUGUGACCCUCCAAGCAGCGGUGCCGAAGACGCAAAAGCUGCAGUUGAACGCAAUGUCUAAUCCCGAGCUUGGUCCAAAUGGUGAAGCAACGCAGACAAUGAGAAUCACAGGAAGCAAAGGACCCGCGUUACGUUUACGGUUGAAGGUAUCAUAUUUACACCCUACGGCUGGGCAGGUGACAGAGCAGGUAGACUGGUCGGAGCCAAAAUGA